AAGGGCCAUGGCCGCUCAGGCUCCAACCGGCGACCAUCUGGGUUGCCUGGGCCGCGUGCGGGGUGCCAUGGGGCGCGGGGCGGCAGCCCAUGGUGGCGAGGGGGGUGACGAGAAGUACGCACAGAUGAAGACGAGCAUGGCCGACAAGGCGACUCUCCACAACGGGCAGCCUCGCGAGAACCCCCACGCGCACCAUUUCUACAUCGACGGGAGGAUCUACGACUUUGCGGAGUGGAGGCACAUCCACCCAGGUGGCGACAUUUUUUUCUCCGCGGCUUUCCAGCGCGACAUCUCGGCGGCUGUGCAUGCCUACCACGCCAACCCAGAGGCAUUGAGUCCAAUCUUGGCGAAGUACGAGGUUGAGUUGCCCGACAAGGAGCCGCACGAUUUGAUCGCGUCUUACAUGAACGUGCCACAAUUCAUCCUCCCCCCUGGCUUCGACGCCGUGCGCGAUGUUCCGCAGUACGACUGGGACAAGAAGUUCAUGAGCGUACUCAGGAGCAAGCUUCGAAAGCCAGAGCUACAGAGGAAGAUCAAGAGGGCCGACUUCGCCUUCGAUGUGGUGGCUACCGGCAUCAUCAUGUUGGUCGGCGGAUUUUCUCUGUUUCCCAGCAAUGUAUUUCGGCCUGGUGCCUUGCUGGGUGCUCGUCAUGGGACAGGUGUUGACCCGGACUGCUUUAGCAGCAGUGGGUCAUUACCAUUGCCACAGGCGCAAGGACGGCAUCCAUGAUUGGGCUGAUUGCUUCUUCGACGUCCAGUACGUGGGUGCUUCGGAGGUGCUCUUCGACGGCCAUGUAAUGCUCCACCACCUCUACACAGAGACGCCCGCGGAUGUGAAACGCACAGUGUUCAACUUCGUGCUGACAUUGCCGCGCAUUUGGCGAGUGCCCCUCUUCACGAUGACCAAAUUUGGAGAGUUUUUUAGCGGCCAUCUGGUGAGGAUUCUCAACUUCGAGUUCAGAACUCGUUCGAAGGCGCAGCGCUUCAAGGAGGCACAGCUGAUCGCGUUCCGCUGCGUCAUGCUCGCAGAGUUUUUUUGGGCCUGCUUCUGUUCAAGAUGGCAGAUCUGGUGCCUGCAGUUCUUUUGCACAGUGUGGCUGAACAUGUUCUUGAUCGUCGCAUCCCAUGACUUCGAGGUGGUGAGGGAGGACCAGUCAUACGUCGGCCUAGACUGGGGCAUCUUCCAGAUACAGCAUGCGCUUGACACGUACAUCACUGGGGUGCAGGCAGUCGACCUUUUCCUGUCCGCGGGGCUCAGUUGCCACAGGGUGCACCACUGCCUGCCGUACCAGAAGUCUGGCUUUGCCAAUAUAGUGUCGCUGCCUGCGGUCAAAAGUACAUGCGAGGAGUUCGGGGUCGAGUGGGCUCCGGCUCGGAACCUCAUCCUGGACCGCUGGUUCCCGCUAAUGUGGUACUACUUGACCGCGCCCGCGCAGGUGCCUGCCAUCCCGGCGCCCAUCCAGACCGGCGGUCCUGGCAUCUGGGGCUUCGUGAAGGAGCACAUGUUGCUGCGAGACUACCGCCGUGCCGUCCUCAGCAUCUGGGGGAGCUUCACUGGCGCCACGAUUUGAAGGGAGUACGUGAUACACUGAGACUUGUCGCCGUACCUUGUCGUAACAUUUUGAAGCAAGAGCAUCACAAGGGGCCCACCUGCUGACAGCGGCAGCCUUUGGCCACUGUGUUGAGGUUAGCGAUUUUUCCUUGAGAUCGUCUUCAAGUAGUUAUCUAGUGCGCUUCCCUAAACCUUGACAUCUGGGGUUAUUAUGUUCCAGCCGACCUCAAUCUUGAUCACAAGGUGUGGGCGCGGAGGUCCACGUGAUGAGACGAUGCCCACAUUGCCCGUUGCGGUACCUACGAACACAAGUUGCUGUUUAGGGUCUCGCUGCAUGGUGUAUCUUUUCCGAUGUAGCAAUGCCUCCAAAUACCACGCCAGCCCACGGCUCCCCUCAGAGAGCCCGCGACGAGUGCAGGCGUCGUCGAUGCCGUGCCGAGCGCGCCCGAGUGCCGUAAGUGCCAGGGGUGUAGAGAUUCGACCGUGUCGCUGGAGUGUC